CAAAAAAAUAAGAAACCAAAAAAACACCAUCUCAAAAAAUAUGAUUCUCAACAACAUUGGCGCUGCAUUUUGUUACAUCAACCUGCCACGACCCGACCCGAAACAUGAAACCCGAAUAUUUUCUUCCCGCUUUUACUGCCGGCGUGAUCCACCACCGUCUCCGGCGAAGGUACAUUGGAAGAAGAAAGAUGUAAAGCCUCAAUCAAUAUGCACCGCCGAUGAACUUCACCACAUCACUGUUCCAAACUCCAAUUGGAAACUUGCUCUUUGGCGUUAUCUUCCUUCUCCAAAGGCUCCUUUGAGGAAUCACCCACUUUUGUUAUUGUCAGGUGUUGCAACCAAUGCUAUUGGCUAUGAUCUCUCUCCUGAGGCUUCAUUUGCUCGGUACAUGUCGGCACAAGGAUUUGAUACAUGGACACUUGAGGUUCGAGGUGCUGGGUUGAGCACAUAUGCAGACAGCGUGGAAGAAGAUGAGGAGUCGCUCAAGAAAUUGUCUGAAACAGAUUCUGCAAAUAACGAUGGUAAUAGCAGUGAUUUUGAAAGAGCAUUGGGAUUUAAAAACCUUAGUGCUUCCUUUGAGGCAGAAGUUUCUCAAAUGAAAAGGAGAGGAUCAGAGGCUGAGGAACUAUGCCCAACAGCUAGGUUGGUGGAGAUUUUUACAAGGAUGUCUGAUAGCCUUGCAAGCAUACUUGGUCGGGAUUUGUUAGGAGAGAGAAAGGAUUCUGCAAUUGUUAGUCAAAUCAAGGAUUUCAAUCGGAGACUUCAAACUAUGAUCGGAGGUCAGAACCGUUUUAAUACAACAUUAGAAGAACUUCAGAAACAGAUAGAUUUGAUUGUCAAGUAUGAUUGGGACUUCGAUCAUUAUCUCGAAGAGGACAUACCUGCUGCGAUGGCGUAUAUAAAGGGUCAAUGCCAACCAAGGGAUGGAAAAUUGCUUGCAAUUGGUCACUCAAUGGGUGGUAUCUUGCUUUAUGCAAAGCUUUCGCGUUGUAGUUUUGAUGGAAAAGAUUCUGAGUUUGCAUCAGUUGUUACUUUGGCUUCAUCGCUCGACUAUACACCUUCAAGAACUUCUCUUAAUUGGCUUUUACCUUUGGUACAACCUGUUCAGGCUUUAAACGUUCCUGCUAUUCCAGUUGGACCACUGAUUGCUUCUGUGUACCCUCUUGCGAGAUAUCCUCCGUAUGUUUUAUCUUGGCUAAAUUCUCAGAUUUCUGCUCAAAAUAUGAUGGAUCAAAAGUUGUAUGAGAAACUUGUUUUUAACAACUUCGGUACUGUGCCUUCUAAGCUUCUCUUGCAGUUGAAAACAGUUUUACAGAAAGGUGGUUUACGUGACAGGAGCGGUGCUUUCUUCUACAAGGAUCAUCUUAGCGAAAGUAAAGUUCCUGUUUUAGCAAUUGCUGGUGACAAGGACUUAAUCUGUCCCCCAGAAGCUGUAUACGAAACGGUGAAGCUUAUUCCUAAGGAUCUGGUUACAUACAAAGUCUUUGGGGAGUCUGGAGGUCCACACUAUGCCCACUAUGACUUAGUCGGUGGCCGAUCGGCAGCAGAUCAACUGUAUCCUUGUAUAAUUGAAUUCCUCAUUCAUCAUGACAAGGCUUAAUCCAUUGCUCUUUCAAAAUACAAUUCUUCUAUACAUCUAGAAUAGGAGUAUAUAUAUAGGAUAUGUACACAUGUAACUGUAAAUAGAGUAUACAAGGUGACAGUUAUCUCAAGUACUCUGCACAAAUCCUGUGAAGGUUGUACUAAAUCAUUCUGAAGUUGUAAAGUUUGGAAACUAAGUUGAAGUGAAGUUGUAAUGAACUAUGUUCUGUCAGAAUUAAGUUAUUUGUUAAC